AUGGCUGACUGGGAAUCUCGACGGGUGGAUGGAAGGAAGAGUGGUUGCGUGAAUGAAAGCACACGAGUUAAGAUAAUGCGCGCCUGCCUGAGUUAACCAGUGAACCAACGUAAGGAAUGGUGGGUGAGAGGCCUCCUGCCAUCUAACCGGGCCCCAGCCAGGUGGAUUUGCCGACGACGCGGUCUGUGUUCUCUGCCCGGCAGGACGGUGGAAGGCCCGGUGCCGGAGGAGCCGGAGCUGGAUUGGGGCUCCGAGGCGUCGUGCGCGGGGUCCUGCCACGCACAGCGCAUCCUGCAGACCCUGAAUGCGUAUCGGCGGAGCGGCACCCUCACCGACGUGGUGCUGCGUGCCGGUGGCCGCGACUUCCCAUGCCACCGCGCCGCGCUUAGCGCGGGCAGCACCUACUUCCGCAGCCUGUUCGCGGCUGGGCACCCAGAGCGUGGCCUGGCCAUGGUGCCCGUGGUACCCGAGGCGCCGGGCCCGGCCGGGACAGCGGUGGCGACAGCGCUGGCCGUGGUGCUCGACUACGUGUAUGGAGCGGGCGUGCGGCUGCGCGCGGAGGACGAGGCGGCUGCGGUGCUGGCGCUGGCCGAGCGGCUGGGCGUGGCAGGCCUGCGCGAGGCCUGCGCGCGCUUCCUCGAGGGUCGCCUGCGCGCCGCUAACAGCCUGGCGCUGCGUCGCGUGGCCGCUGCCUUCUCCCUCGCCUCUCUGGCCGAGCGUUGCGGCCGCGUGCUGCGCCAGGCCUUCGCCGAGGUGGCGCGCCACGCCGACUUCUUGGAGCUGAAGCCCGACGAGGUGGCAGCGCUUCUGGCCGACCCAGCGCUGGGCGUGGCGCACGAGGAGGCAGUGUUCGAAGCGGCCAUGCGCUGGGUGCGUCACGACCCGCCAGCCCGCCGCGGACAGCUGCGGCGCUUGCUGGAGCACGUGCGCCUGCCCUUGCUGGCGCCCGCCUAUUUCCUGGAGAAGGUAGAGGCUGACGAGUUGUUGCAGGCCUGUGGCGAGUGCCGCCCGCUGCUGCUAGAGGCCCGUGCCUGCUUCAUCCUGGGCCGCGAGACCGGCACACUGCGGGCCCGGCCGCGGAGAUUCAUGGACCUAGCUGAAGUGAUCGUGGUCAUCGGCGGUUGCGAUCGCAAGGGGCUCCUGAAGCUGCCGUUCGCCGACGCCUACCAUCCCGACAGCCGGCGCUGGACCCCACUGCCCAGCGUGCCCGGCUUCGCGCGCUCAGAGUUCGCGACCUGCACUCUCCGCAAUGACGUCUACGUCUCUGGAGGCCACAUCAACAGCCGUGAUGUGUGGAUGUUUAGCUCCCAUCUGCACACCUGGAUCAAGGUGGCCUCGCUGCACAAGGGCAGGUGGAGGCACAAGAUGGCGGUCGUGCAGGGGCAGCUGUUCGUGGUGGGCGGUUUUGACGGCCUGCGGCGCCUGUGCAGCGUGGAGCGCUAUGACCCCUUCUCCAACACCUGGGCUGCUGCGGCCCCGCUCCCAGAGGCAGUGAGCUCAGCUGCCGUGGCACCCUGCGCCGGCCGGCUCUACGUGAUGGGGGGCGCCGGGCGGGACGGCGUCAGCACCAACAAGGUGCAGUGCUUUGACCCCAAGGAGGACCGGUGGAGCCUGCGGUCACCAGCGCCCUUCUCGCAGCGGUGUCUCGAGGCUGUCUCCCUGGAGGACACCAUCUAUGUGGUUGGGGGCCUCAUGAGCAAAAUCUUCACCUACAACCCUGGCAUGGAUGUCUGGGGGGAGGCAGCUGUUCUCCCCAGCCCUGUGGAGAGCUGUGGCGUGACUGUGUGUGAUGGGAAAGUCCACAUCCUUGGCGGGCGGGAUGAUCAUGGGGAAAGCACCGACAGGAUCUUCACCUUUGACCCCAGCAGUGGGCAGGUGGAGGCCCAGCCAUCCCUGCAGCGCUGCACCAGCUCCCAUGGCUGCGUCACCAUCGUCCAGAGCCUGGGCAGGUGA